AUGAAAAUUCCAUCAAUAAAAAACAUUCAUGUUUAUUUAGACUUACUUUUUAAUGGUGAACCAAUUGAUUCCAUUCUCCAAGUCUUUGACCCAACACUGAAAUAUAAAGACAUAGUUGAAACAUCCCAUUCACAAUAUUGUUUAAGUGUUGUUGAAAAGUAUUACACUUGUUUAACAUGUUCAGAAGGGAAAGUUAAAUAUUGCUGUCGAUGUUUUGACUUUUCAUACCAUAGAAACCAUGUAACAAAAGAAGUUAAUAAAAUAGUGAUGUGUCAAUGUGGAAUGUAUUACAAAGGAGAAACAAGAAGUUGUAAAACACAUUUAAAGAAAGAAAAUAAAGAAAAUAAAGAAGUGAAAGAAGAAAUGGAAGAAUUUAUCAAAACAUUCAUUUCAAAACUCCUGUUUCGUAUAAUUAAUUUAAAGUAUCAAAACAUUAUGAAAGAAAUAUCGAAAUUAUAUUGUGUUGAUAGUAUUUUUAAUAUAAUUGGGAAUGUUAUAUUCAAAGAAGGAAGAUGUUUAUUAUAUCCAUUAUUUGAAAAGAGUAAUAAACUAAAAGAAAGUGAUUAUCAAUUUCUGACGUACUAUUUAAUACUACCUUUAUUAUAUCACCCAUUAUCAUCUCCACUUCUUUAUUUGUUAAACAAACAUAAUAAGAGAUUUAAAUUGGCAUUAUACGAAUAUUAUUCAACAACCACAUUUGAUGAAAUGAAAUAUAAUUUUCAAAAUGACACACAAAUAAUUCUUAAAAUAAUUAACAAUUCAUUAUCAAUAAUGAUUAAUCCAAAUAUCAAAAAUAUAACAAAUACAAGUCAUAAAGUAGGAAUUAAAAGAUGUUCAAAAGUAUUAAAUCGAAUUAGUAAAGACAUUGAAAUGUGUUUCAAAGAAAAAGACAUAUUUAUAAAAACAAUGAAAAUUCUCUUAUCAGUGUAUGAUAUAAAACAGAAUCACUGUAUUUCAUUAUUUUCAGACUUUGUACGAUUUUUUGAAACAACUCUUCACAAAUUACCACAACAACUAUUAACGACAUUUCUUAAUAAGUUAGAUUAUAUCCCAAUAAAAGCACAUAAUAGUAUUCUUACAAAAAUUUAUAACGUUGGUGAUAUAGAAAAUAUCUACAAAUAUUCGAGGUUGUUUCCAUCAUUAUUGGAUUUCAAAUACUCUUCCAUAGAUAUCAUAAUUCCAUCAGACAUAAAACUUAAUAAAGAAAUAAGUGUAGACCCAUAUAAUAUUGAAAUGAAAUCUAAUAAUGACCAAGAAAUAGAGUGUUUAGAUGAAAUGAAAAUAAUGAUACAAUUCCAUACACUAUGGGAAGAAGUUACACAACUAACAAGUGAAGAAUUUUAUAAAACAAUCAAAAUGAAAGAAUAUGGAGAAAAAGAACUUGUUGUAAUUGUAUGGUUGUUAUGUUAUAACCCAACAAAAUUCUAUCAAAUAGUGAAUGAACUAUAUUUAACAAAUAUAAGAAUUAAAGAAGAUAGACUAAAUGGUAAAGAUAUAAUGAACAUAAUGAAUAAACUUCACAAAAUAUAUUAUCAACACCCAUUCUUUAUUAACCCAUUUAUGCCUUUAUUUCCUGAAUAUUCUGUGAUAUUUACUGUACUUAUUAGAGAACAAAUGAAUUUACCACUAGACAAAUAUAAUAAUAUUACAGCAAGAAGAGACAUAUUAAGUGAAUCCGAAUUAACAAGAAUUAUGUCAGAAUCCCCACAUUAUCACUUUAUUGUCAUGGUGUUAUGGCAGAGAAUUGAUGCAAUGGUGUCAAUAACAAAUGACCCUUUUGUAACACGUCUUGUUAUUCACAUGCUUAAAUAUAUUAGAAUGAAUCCAAGAUUUAAAAGAGAAGUCAUUGGUGUUUUGAUAGAAUAUGAAGGAGUAACAGCAGGGGUUCAAAGAAUAAUUUUCAAGAAUAAAAAACUCUAUGAAUAA